AUGCGGGCCUUCUGGGCCAGCACCAUAUCUUUCUUCCUUGCCUUCUUGGGCUGGUUUGCCUUGGCGCCCUUGGGCCUCGAAGUUGCGACCAGCAUGGGGACGUGCGAGAACCAGCUCUUCCCUCCUACGGACUUCCCAACGCGACCAGCCUACCUGAAGUUCAAGAACUUGAAGAGUGGGCUGAGCUAUUGCCAGUAUGGGGUUCUCAACGAGGACGGCAAGCCGAUCGACUGCGAGGACGUGCCAGCAGAUGUGGUGAGUGGCGCCGAGUCAACGGCUGAGCAGAAGGAGAAGUACAGGCCGCAGGUGCUGGCAAACUGCGUGUGCACCCCGGGCACGGAAUGUAGGAAUGCCGGCGUAGCCUCCGUUUCCUCGACCAUCUUCGUGAGGGUUGCCUUGGGGACGCUCCUCGAGCGCUUCGGUCCGGUAAACGUUCAGUGCGGCUUAUUGUCUUUUGGGGCCUUCUGGGUGGCAAUGGCGGCCGCCAUUACAGCUCCAUGGAACUAUACGCUGAUCCGCUUCUUCAUAGGUUGCGCCGGCGCCACUUUCGUGACCAAUCAGUUCUGGUGCUCGCUGAUGUUUGCGCCCAGUGUUGUCGGCACGGCCAACGCCACUGCGGCCGGUUGGGGCAACUUGGGAGGCGGCGUGACCCAGAUUUUUAUGAUGUCUGUACUUUUCAACCCUAUGGUGGCAUCCGGGUUGGAGCCGAAUGUCGCUUGGCGUGUCUGCAUGGCGGUGCCAGCGGUCAUGUUCGUAGUUUGUGCCGUUUGCAUGAAGCUCAUGUGCUGGGAUAUGCCUACGGCACGCAACUACGAUCCGGCCGUGACCGGCAAGACACAAAAGCCUUCGAUGUGGGACUAUGUCGAGGUGCUGCGUGACUUUCGCGUCGUGGUCAUGAUAUUCCAAUAUUCCGCGUGUUUCGGCACAGAACUCGCAAUGAACAAUCAGUUGGCUACGCAUUUUCGGACAUACUUCCAGAUGGAUGCAGGUGAUGCUAGCGCCCUGGCGGGUGCUUUCGGCUUGAUGAACCUUUUUGCUCGAUCACUUGGAGGUAUCAGCAGCGAUGUUUGCUACAAGUACUUGGGCUUCCGUGGCCGCAUUUGGGCGCAGUUCCUGGCACUCUUCUUCGAAGCUAUCUUCCUAUUCAGUUUCGGAAACGUGGACAAUUCUCAGCCUUGGUACGUGGCAUUGGCAGUCUUGGUUUGCUUCUCGCUCUUUGUGCAGAUGGCUGAGGGCACCUCCUACGGCAUCGUGCCCUUCAUGAACCGGAAGCAGCUCGCAGUGGUGUCCGCGCUUGUGGGUGCCGGUGGAAAUCUCGGGGCCGUGAUUGCCGGCUUCUGCUUCUACCAGCCGAUCCAGGAUCCGCUGCUGCCUUUCCAGGUCCAUGCGGGCUAUGUAAUGUUUUGGGCGCUGCUGAGCCCAUGCUACUACUGGUCCGAGAUGGGUGGGAUGUUCCACGGACCGGCACAGAGCUCCGAGAAGGGCAAGACGCAAAGCAGCGAGUGCCAGUCUCAUGCGGCUGAGAAAGUCCUUGUACUUAUUCGAUUGCUCGAGCCAGUUUUGUGUGUCCGGAAACAGAGUACUGUCAUCCCGCUCUGUAGAACCAUGGAGUACAAGCUGGCAGUGGAUUCCAGCAAGAAGGCCACGGAGCUGCCGCUCUUGAGGGUUUGCGGCACCGUGCAGCAGAAUCCGCACAUGCGGGCCUUCUGGGCCAGCACCAUAUCUUUCUUCCUUGCCUUCUUGGGCUGGUUUGCCUUGGCGCCCUUGGGCCUGGAAGUUGCGACCAGCAUGGGGACGUGCGAGAACCAGCUCUUCCCUCCUACGGACUUCCCAACGCGACCAGCCUACCUGAAGUUCAAGAACUUGAAGAGUGGGCUGAGCUAUUGCCAGUAUGGGGUUCUCAACGAGGACGGCAAGCCGAUCGACUGCGAGGACGUGCCAGCAGAUGUGGUGAGUGGCGCCGAGUCAACGGCUGAGCAGAAGGAGAAGUACAGGCCGCAGGUGCUGGCAAACUGCGUGUGCACCCCGGGCACGGAAUGUAGGAAUGCCGGCGUAGCCUCCGUUUCCUCGACCAUCUUCGUGAGGGUUGCCUUGGGGACGCUCCUCGAGCGCUUCGGUCCGGUAAACGUUCAGUGCGGCUUAUUGUCUUUUGGGGCCUUCUGGGUGGCAAUGGCGGCCGCCAUUACAGCUCCAUGGAACUAUACGCUGAUCCGCUUCUUCAUAGGUUGCGCCGGCGCCACUUUCGUGACCAAUCAGUUCUGGUGCUCGCUGAUGUUUGCGCCCAGUGUUGUCGGCACGGCCAACGCCACUGCGGCCGGUUGGGGCAACUUGGGAGGCGGCGUGACCCAGAUUUUUAUGAUGUCUGUACUUUUCAACCCUAUGGUGGCAUCCGGGUUGGAGCCGAAUGUCGCUUGGCGUGUCUGCAUGGCGGUGCCAGCGGUCAUGUUCGUAGUUUGUGCCGUUUGCAUGAAGCUCAUGUGCUGGGAUAUGCCUACGGCACGCAACUACGAUCCGGCCGUGACCGGCAAGACACAAAAGCCUUCGAUGUGGGACUAUGUCGAGGUGCUGCGUGACUUUCGCGUCGUGGUCAUGAUAUUCCAAUAUUCCGCGUGUUUCGGCACAGAACUCGCAAUGAACAAUCAGUUGGCUACGCAUUUUCGGACAUACUUCCAGAUGGAUGCAGGUGAUGCUAGCGCCCUGGCGGGUGCUUUCGGCUUGAUGAACCUUUUUGCUCGAUCACUUGGAGGUAUCAGCAGCGAUGUUUGCUACAAGUACUUGGGCUUCCGUGGCCGCAUUUGGGCGCAGUUCCUGGCACUCUUCUUCGAAGCUAUCUUCCUAUUCAGUUUCGGAAACGUGGACAAUUCUCAGCCUUGGUACGUGGCAUUGGCAGUCUUGGUUUGCUUCUCGCUCUUUGUGCAGAUGGCUGAGGGCACCUCCUACGGCAUCGUGCCCUUCAUGAACCGGAAGCAGCUCGCAGUGGUGUCCGCGCUUGUGGGUGCCGGUGGAAAUCUCGGGGCCGUGAUUGCCGGCUUCUGCUUCUACCAGCCGAUCCAGGAUCCGCUGCUGCCUUUCCAGGUCCAUGCGGGCUAUGUAAUGUUUUGGGCGCUGCUGAGCCCAUGCUACUACUGGUCCGAGAUGGGUGGGAUGUUCCACGGACCGGCACAGAGCUCCGAGAAGGGCAAGACGCAAAGCAGCGAGCACCAGUCUCACACGGGCACCGACGAGUUCAGACAGUCCCGCCGCUUGGCAAAGCCAGCUGUGAAACAGAGUACUGUCAUCCCGCUCUGUAGAACCAUGGAGUACAAGCUGGCAGUGGAUUCCAGCAAGAAGGCCACGGAGCUGCCGCUCUUGAGGGUUUGCGGCACCGUGCAGCAGAAUCCGCACAUGCGGGCCUUCUGGGCCAGCACCAUAUCUUUCUUCCUUGCCUUCUUGGGCUGGUUUGCCUUGGCGCCCUUGGGCCUCGAAGUUGCGACCAGCAUGGGGACGUGCGAGAACCAGCUCUUCCCUCCUACGGACUUCCCAACGCGACCAGCCUACCUGAAGUUCAAGAACUUGAAGAGUGGGCUGAGCUAUUGCCAGUAUGGGGUUCUCAACGAGGACGGCAAGCCGAUCGACUGCGAGGACGUGCCAGCAGAUGUGGUGAGUGGCGCCGAGUCAACGGCUGAGCAGAAGGAGAAGUACAGGCCGCAGGUGCUGGCAAACUGCGUGUGCACCCCGGGCACGGAAUGUAGGAAUGCCGGCGUAGCCUCCGUUUCCUCGACCAUCUUCGUGAGGGUUGCCUUGGGGACGCUCCUCGAGCGCUUCGGUCCGGUAAACGUUCAGUGCGGCUUAUUGUCUUUUGGGGCCUUCUGGGUGGCAAUGGCGGCCGCCAUUACAGCUCCAUGGAACUAUACGCUGAUCCGCUUCUUCAUAGGUUGCGCCGGCGCCACUUUCGUGACCAAUCAGUUCUGGUGCUCGCUGAUGUUUGCGCCCAGUGUUGUCGGCACGGCCAACGCCACUGCGGCCGGUUGGGGCAACUUGGGAGGCGGCGUGACCCAGAUUUUUAUGAUGUCUGUACUUUUCAACCCUAUGGUGGCAUCCGGGUUGGAGCCGAAUGUCGCUUGGCGUGUCUGCAUGGCGGUGCCAGCGGUCAUGUUCGUAGUUUGUGCCGUUUGCAUGAAGCUCAUGUGCUGGGAUAUGCCUACGGCACGCAACUACGAUCCGGCCGUGACCGGCAAGACACAAAAGCCUUCGAUGUGGGACUAUGUCGAGGUGCUGCGUGACUUUCGCGUCGUGGUCAUGAUAUUCCAAUAUUCCGCGUGUUUCGGCACAGAACUCGCAAUGAACAAUCAGUUGGCUACGCAUUUUCGGACAUACUUCCAGAUGGAUGCAGGUGAUGCUAGCGCCCUGGCGGGUGCUUUCGGCUUGAUGAACCUUUUUGCUCGAUCACUUGGAGGUAUCAGCAGCGAUGUUUGCUACAAGUACUUGGGCUUCCGUGGCCGCAUUUGGGCGCAGUUCCUGGCACUCUUCUUCGAAGCUAUCUUCCUAUUCAGUUUCGGAAACGUGGACAAUUCUCAGCCUUGGUACGUGGCAUUGGCAGUCUUGGUUUGCUUCUCGCUCUUUGUGCAGAUGGCUGAGGGCACCUCCUACGGCAUCGUGCCCUUCAUGAACCGGAAGCAGCUCGCAGUGGUGUCCGCGCUUGUGGGUGCCGGUGGAAAUCUCGGGGCCGUGAUUGCCGGCUUCUGCUUCUACCAGCCGAUCCAGGAUCCGCUGCUGCCUUUCCAGGUCCAUGCGGGCUAUGUAAUGUUUUGGGCGCUGCUGAGCCCAUGCUACUACUGGUCCGAGAUGGGUGGGAUGUUCCACGGACCGGCACAGAGCUCCGAGAAGGGCAAGACGCAAAGCAGCGAGUGCCAGUCUCAUGCGGCUGAGAAAGUCUUUGUACUUAUUCGAUUGCUCGAGCCAGUUUUGUGUGUCCGGAAACAGAGUACUGUCAUCCCGCUCUGUAGAACCAUGGAGUACAAGCUGGCAGUGGAUUCCAGCAAGAAGGCCACGGAGCUGCCGCUCUUGAGGGUUUGCGGCACCGUGCAGCAGAAUCCGCACAUGCGGGCCUUCUGGGCCAGCACCAUAUCUUUCUUCCUUGCCUUCUUGGGCUGGUUUGCCUUGGCGCCCUUGGGCCUCGAAGUUGCGACCAGCAUGGGGACGUGCGAGAACCAGCUCUUCCCUCCUACGGACUUCCCAACGCGACCAGCCUACCUGAAGUUCAAGAACUUGAAGAGUGGGCUGAGCUAUUGCCAGUAUGGGGUUCUCAACGAGGACGGCAAGCCGAUCGACUGCGAGGACGUGCCAGCAGAUGUGGUGAGUGGCGCCGAGUCAACGGCUGAGCAGAAGGAGAAGUACAGGCCGCAGGUGCUGGCAAACUGCGUGUGCACCCCGGGCACGGAAUGUAGGAAUGCCGGCGUAGCCUCCGUUUCCUCGACCAUCUUCGUGAGGGUUGCCUUGGGGACGCUCCUCGAGCGCUUCGGUCCGGUAAACGUUCAGUGCGGCUUAUUGUCUUUUGGGGCCUUCUGGGUGGCAAUGGCGGCCGCCAUUACAGCUCCAUGGAACUAUACGCUGAUCCGCUUCUUCAUAGGUUGCGCCGGCGCCACUUUCGUGACCAAUCAGUUCUGGUGCUCGCUGAUGUUUGCGCCCAGUGUUGUCGGCACGGCCAACGCCACUGCGGCCGGUUGGGGCAACUUGGGAGGCGGCGUGACCCAGAUUUUUAUGAUGUCUGUACUUUUCAACCCUAUGGUGGCAUCCGGGUUGGAGCCGAAUGUCGCUUGGCGUGUCUGCAUGGCGGUGCCAGCGGUCAUGUUCGUAGUUUGUGCCGUUUGCAUGAAGCUCAUGUGCUGGGAUAUGCCUACGGCACGCAACUACGAUCCGGCCGUGACCGGCAAGACACAAAAGCCUUCGAUGUGGGACUAUGUCGAGGUGCUGCGUGACUUUCGCGUCGUGGUCAUGAUAUUCCAAUAUUCCGCGUGUUUCGGCACAGAACUCGCAAUGAACAAUCAGUUGGCUACGCAUUUUCGGACAUACUUCCAGAUGGAUGCAGGUGAUGCUAGCGCCCUGGCGGGUGCUUUCGGCUUGAUGAACCUUUUUGCUCGAUCACUUGGAGGUAUCAGCAGCGAUGUUUGCUACAAGUACUUGGGCUUCCGUGGCCGCAUUUGGGCGCAGUUCCUGGCACUCUUCUUCGAAGCUAUCUUCCUAUUCAGUUUCGGAAACGUGGACAAUUCUCAGCCUUGGUACGUGGCAUUGGCAGUCUUGGUUUGCUUCUCGCUCUUUGUGCAGAUGGCUGAGGGCACCUCCUACGGCAUCGUGCCCUUCAUGAACCGGAAGCAGCUCGCAGUGGUGUCCGCGCUUGUGGGUGCCGGUGGAAAUCUCGGGGCCGUGAUUGCCGGCUUCUGCUUCUACCAGCCGAUCCAGGAUCCGCUGCUGCCUUUCCAGGUCCAUGCGGGCUAUGUAAUGUUUUGGGCGCUGCUGAGCCCAUGCUACUACUGGUCCGAGAUGGGUGGGAUGUUCCACGGACCGGCACAGAGCUCCGAGAAGGGCAAGACGCAAAGCAGCGAGUGCCAGUCUCAUGCGGCUGAGAAAGUCUUUGUACUUAUUCGAUUGCUCGAGCCAGUUUUGUGUGUCCGGAAACAGAGUACUGUCAUCCCGCUCUGUAGAACCAUGGAGUACAAGCUGGCAGUGGAUUCCAGCAAGAAGGCCACGGAGCUGCCGCUCUUGAGGGUUUGCGGCACCGUGCAGCAGAAUCCGCACAUGCGGGCCUUCUGGGCCAGCACCAUAUCUUUCUUCCUUGCCUUCUUGGGCUGGUUUGCCUUGGCGCCCUUGGGCCUGGAAGUUGCGACCAGCAUGGGGACGUGCGAGAACCAGCUCUUCCCUCCUACGGACUUCCCAACGCGACCAGCCUACCUGAAGUUCAAGAACUUGAAGAGUGGGCUGAGCUAUUGCCAGUAUGGGGUUCUCAACGAGGACGGCAAGCCGAUCGACUGCGAGGACGUGCCAGCAGAUGUGGUGAGUGGCGCCGAGUCAACGGCUGAGCAGAAGGAGAAGUACAGGCCGCAGGUGCUGGCAAACUGCGUGUGCACCCCGGGCACGGAAUGUAGGAAUGCCGGCGUAGCCUCCGUUUCCUCGACCAUCUUCGUGAGGGUUGCCUUGGGGACGCUCCUCGAGCGCUUCGGUCCGGUAAACGUUCAGUGCGGCUUAUUGUCUUUUGGGGCCUUCUGGGUGGCAAUGGCGGCCGCCAUUACAGCUCCAUGGAACUAUACGCUGAUCCGCUUCUUCAUAGGUUGCGCCGGCGCCACUUUCGUGACCAAUCAGUUCUGGUGCUCGCUGAUGUUUGCGCCCAGUGUUGUCGGCACGGCCAACGCCACUGCGGCCGGUUGGGGCAACUUGGGAGGCGGCGUGACCCAGAUUUUUAUGAUGUCUGUACUUUUCAACCCUAUGGUGGCAUCCGGGUUGGAGCCGAAUGUCGCUUGGCGUGUCUGCAUGGCGGUGCCAGCGGUCAUGUUCGUAGUUUGUGCCGUUUGCAUGAAGCUCAUGUGCUGGGAUAUGCCUACGGCACGCAACUACGAUCCGGCCGUGACCGGCAAGACACAAAAGCCUUCGAUGUGGGACUAUGUCGAGGUGCUGCGUGACUUUCGCGUCGUGGUCAUGAUAUUCCAAUAUUCCGCGUGUUUCGGCACAGAACUCGCAAUGAACAAUCAGUUGGCUACGCAUUUUCGGACAUACUUCCAGAUGGAUGCAGGUGAUGCUAGCGCCCUGGCGGGUGCUUUCGGCUUGAUGAACCUUUUUGCUCGAUCACUUGGAGGUAUCAGCAGCGAUGUUUGCUACAAGUACUUGGGCUUCCGUGGCCGCAUUUGGGCGCAGUUCCUGGCACUCUUCUUCGAAGCUAUCUUCCUAUUCAGUUUCGGAAACGUGGACAAUUCUCAGCCUUGGUACGUGGCAUUGGCAGUCUUGGUUUGCUUCUCGCUCUUUGUGCAGAUGGCUGAGGGCACCUCCUACGGCAUCGUGCCCUUCAUGAACCGGAAGCAGCUCGCAGUGGUGUCCGCGCUUGUGGGUGCCGGUGGAAAUCUCGGGGCCGUGAUUGCCGGCUUCUGCUUCUACCAGCCGAUCCAGGAUCCGCUGCUGCCUUUCCAGGUCCAUGCGGGCUAUGUAAUGUUUUGGGCGCUGCUGAGCCCAUGCUACUACUGGUCCGAGAUGGGUGGGAUGUUCCACGGACCGGCACAGAGCUCCGAGAAGGGCAAGACGCAAAGCAGCGAGUGCCAGUCUCAUGCGGCUGAGAAAGUCUUUGUACUUAUUCGAUUGCUCGAGCCAGUUUUGUGUGUCCGGAAACAGAGUACUGUCAUCCCGCUCUGUAGAACCAUGGAGUACAAGCUGGCAGUGGAUUCCAGCAAGAAGGCCACGGAGCUGCCGCUCUUGAGGGUUUGCGGCACCGUGCAGCAGAAUCCGCACAUGCGGGCCUUCUGGGCCAGCACCAUAUCUUUCUUCCUUGCCUUCUUGGGCUGGUUUGCCUUGGCGCCCUUGGGCCUCGAAGUUGCGACCAGCAUGGGGACGUGCGAGAACCAGCUCUUCCCUCCUACGGACUUCCCAACGCGACCAGCCUACCUGAAGUUCAAGAACUUGAAGAGUGGGCUGAGCUAUUGCCAGUAUGGGGUUCUCAACGAGGACGGCAAGCCGAUCGACUGCGAGGACGUGCCAGCAGAUGUGGUGAGUGGCGCCGAGUCAACGGCUGAGCAGAAGGAGAAGUACAGGCCGCAGGUGCUGGCAAACUGCGUGUGCACCCCGGGCACGGAAUGUAGGAAUGCCGGCGUAGCCUCCGUUUCCUCGACCAUCUUCGUGAGGGUUGCCUUGGGGACGCUCCUCGAGCGCUUCGGUCCGGUAAACGUUCAGUGCGGCUUAUUGUCUUUUGGGGCCUUCUGGGUGGCAAUGGCGGCCGCCAUUACAGCUCCAUGGAACUAUACGCUGAUCCGCUUCUUCAUAGGUUGCGCCGGCGCCACUUUCGUGACCAAUCAGUUCUGGUGCUCGCUGAUGUUUGCGCCCAGUGUUGUCGGCACGGCCAACGCCACUGCGGCCGGUUGGGGCAACUUGGGAGGCGGCGUGACCCAGAUUUUUAUGAUGUCUGUACUUUUCAACCCUAUGGUGGCAUCCGGGUUGGAGCCGAAUGUCGCUUGGCGUGUCUGCAUGGCGGUGCCAGCGGUCAUGUUCGUAGUUUGUGCCGUUUGCAUGAAGCUCAUGUGCUGGGAUAUGCCUACGGCACGCAACUACGAUCCGGCCGUGACCGGCAAGACACAAAAGCCUUCGAUGUGGGACUAUGUCGAGGUGCUGCGUGACUUUCGCGUCGUGGUCAUGAUAUUCCAAUAUUCCGCGUGUUUCGGCACAGAACUCGCAAUGAACAAUCAGUUGGCUACGCAUUUUCGGACAUACUUCCAGAUGGAUGCAGGUGAUGCUAGCGCCCUGGCGGGUGCUUUCGGCUUGAUGAACCUUUUUGCUCGAUCACUUGGAGGUAUCAGCAGCGAUGUUUGCUACAAGUACUUGGGCUUCCGUGGCCGCAUUUGGGCGCAGUUCCUGGCACUCUUCUUCGAAGCUAUCUUCCUAUUCAGUUUCGGAAACGUGGACAAUUCUCAGCCUUGGUACGUGGCAUUGGCAGUCUUGGUUUGCUUCUCGCUCUUUGUGCAGAUGGCUGAGGGCACCUCCUACGGCAUCGUGCCCUUCAUGAACCGGAAGCAGCUCGCAGUGGUGUCCGCGCUUGUGGGUGCCGGUGGAAAUCUCGGGGCCGUGAUUGCCGGCUUCUGCUUCUACCAGCCGAUCCAGGAUCCGCUGCUGCCUUUCCAGGUCCAUGCGGGCUAUGUAAUGUUUUGGGCGCUGCUGAGCCCAUGCUACUACUGGUCCGAGAUGGGUGGGAUGUUCCACGGACCGGCACAGAGCUCCGAGAAGGGCAAGACGCAAAGCAGCGAGCACCAGUCUCACACGGGCACCGACGAGUUCAGACAGUCCCGCCGCUUGGCAAAGCCAGCUGUGAAACAGAGUACUGUCAUCCCGCUCUGUAGAACCAUGGAGUACAAGCUGGCAGUGGAUUCCAGCAAGAAGGCCACGGAGCUGCCGCUCUUGAGGGUUUGCGGCACCGUGCAGCAGAAUCCGCACAUGCGGGCCUUCUGGGCCAGCACCAUAUCUUUCUUCCUUGCCUUCUUGGGCUGGUUUGCCUUGGCGCCCUUGGGCCUGGAAGUUGCGACCAGCAUGGGGACGUGCGAGAACCAGCUCUUCCCUCCUACGGACUUCCCAACGCGACCAGCCUACCUGAAGUUCAAGAACUUGAAGAGUGGGCUGAGCUAUUGCCAGUAUGGGGUUCUCAACGAGGACGGCAAGCCGAUCGACUGCGAGGACGUGCCAGCAGAUGUGGUGAGUGGCGCCGAGUCAACGGCUGAGCAGAAGGAGAAGUACAGGCCGCAGGUGCUGGCAAACUGCGUGUGCACCCCGGGCACGGAAUGUAGGAAUGCCGGCGUAGCCUCCGUUUCCUCGACCAUCUUCGUGAGGGUUGCCUUAGGGACGCUCCUCGAGCGCUUCGGUCCGGUAAACGUUCAGUGCGGCUUAUUGUCUUUUGGGGCCUUCUGGGUGGCAAUGGCGGCCGCCAUUACAGCUCCAUGGAACUAUACGCUGAUCCGCUUCUUCAUAGGUUGCGCCGGCGCCACUUUCGUGACCAAUCAGUUCUGGUGCUCGCUGAUGUUUGCGCCCAGUGUUGUCGGCACGGCCAACGCCACUGCGGCCGGUUGGGGCAACUUGGGAGGCGGCGUGACCCAGAUUUUUAUGAUGUCUGUACUUUUCAACCCUAUGGUGGCAUCCGGGUUGGAGCCGAAUGUCGCUUGGCGUGUCUGCAUGGCGGUGCCAGCGGUCAUGUUCGUAGUUUGUGCCGUUUGCAUGAAGCUCAUGUGCUGGGAUAUGCCUACGGCACGCAACUACGAUCCGGCCGUGACCGGCAAGACACAAAAGCCUUCGAUGUGGGACUAUGUCGAGGUGCUGCGUGACUUUCGCGUCGUGGUCAUGAUAUUCCAAUAUUCCGCGUGUUUCGGCACAGAACUCGCAAUGAACAAUCAGUUGGCCACGCAUUUUCGGACAUACUUCCAGAUGGAUGCAGGUGAUGCUAGCGCCCUGGCGGGUGCUUUCGGCUUGAUGAACCUUUUUGCUCGAUCACUUGGAGGUAUCAGCAGCGAUGUUUGCUACAAGUACUUGGGCUUCCGUGGCCGCAUUUGGGCGCAGUUCCUGGCACUCUUCUUCGAAGCUAUCUUCCUAUUCAGUUUCGGAAACGUGGACAAUUCUCAGCCUUGGUACGUGGCAUUGGCAGUCUUGGUUUGCUUCUCGCUCUUUGUGCAGAUGGCUGAGGGCACCUCCUACGGCAUCGUGCCCUUCAUGAACCGGAAGCUUGGAUCAGUGCAUGGAAGAUUCUUGGGUGAUUCGCGGUUGCCACCGUUGCAUCAAAUUUGGACAUGUCUGUCAGCAUAUCUAGGUGUGAAGUAA